AUGGCCCGCCUCGCGUCUUUGGCUGCCGCCGUCGCGCUCAUCUCCUCUGCCCUCGGCCUCCCAUUGGAGUCAAGGGGCACGAAAUGGAACGACCUCAGCUCCAAGAUCACCCAUGUGGUGUACCUCAUGCUGGAGAACCAUUCCUUCGACAACAUUGCCGGGUACUGGGACUUCCACCCGGACAUUGACAACCUGCGCAACCGCGAUUUCUGCAAUGAAUUCACCAAUCCCAACUGGACCAUCUAUGAUGAGCCCAUCAUGAUCUGCGCCGAGCCGUAUGAAGCCGAAGUGCCUCUCAAAGACCCCGACCACAACUUCGCCGGCGUCAGCUACGAGAUCUACCGCAAAUGGGACCCGAGCAAGACCGAUGUGCCCGACAUGUCUGGCUUCAUUGAGCGACAAUCCGACAAGUACAACGCCACUCCAGGAGACAGUGCGUUUGUGAUCCAGGCAUAUGAUCCGGCCAAGUCCAACACACUCGCCACUUUGGCCGAGAACUAUGCCUUCUGGGACUCAUACCACGCCGAGCACCCUGGGCCUACCAACCCUAACCGAAUGUUCGCCACCUCCGGGUCAACGUGCGGAUACGUCGACAACACAGACAGCCAGGCUACCGGUUGGUUCUCCAACGUCACGGGCACGGAGUGCGCCACCUCGGUCUUCGAGGCGCUCAGCAAGAAGAACAUCAGCUGGAAGAACUACUACGAGAGCGACAUCAUCGACUCGUACAUCUACAAGUGGGUCCAGGACAACGCCAUGGACCGCAUCGUGCACGCGGACCAGUUCUACGAGGACCUCAAGAACAACAACCUGCCUCAGUUCUCCUACAUCAACCCGGAAUGCUGCACCGUCGACUCGAUGCACCCGACCAGUAACAUGGCCGCGGGUGAACUCAUGAUCAAGCAUCUGUACGACGCGCUGCGAAACUCUGCCUACUGGGACAACGUUCUCCUGAUCAUCAACUUCGACGAGCACGGCGGCUUUGCCGACCACGUCCCUCCGCCCACAGGCAUCCCGCCGCCCGAGGACGGCAUCACCUUCGACGGGAAGUCCGAUGGCCACAACGUCACCUACGACUUCACCCGCCUGGGCGUCCGCGUGCCGGCCUUGGCCAUCUCUCCCUGGAUCCAGCCUAACACGCUCAUCCACGAUGACGGCACCAGCUACGCCUCCAACUCGGCUUACACGCACACGUCGUUCCUGCACUUCCUGCAAGAGCUCUGGGGCCUCGAGGGCUUCAACAACCGCGUCCAAUGGGCCAAGACGUUCGAACACAUCUUCUCCGACACCCCACAGAAGGACGGCGGCCUGUCCAGUCUGCCCUCUCCGGUCUGGCACAGUGCCGCAGGCCAGCCAGAGCCGGAGGCAUUCCCUCUUCUGAACCAGGACUAUAGCUACUACGCCAACCUUGAUUAG